AUUGCGCCACGACGCCGUCCCGUCCCGUCCCCACCGUCUCUUUAAACCCACGCAACCUCCACCAGCCUGGACGAUCAAGCUUCCACCCAAGCUACCUUCCACCCGAUCACCGGCAGGCCGGCGGGCGCCACCAUGACGGCGACGUCCACCUCGAGGGCCCCACGGCGCCCGCGCAUCCGCUCCCGCGCGCCGCCGCCCACGCCGAUCCGGACCGCCCGCGGCGUGCGCUCCGCGGCCGCCGACGAGCUCGUCCUCGCCGAGUUCCUCGAGGCCUCCCAGCGCGUCCCCGCCCUCACCCUGCCCGUCAAGAAGAAGCGGUUCGACUUCCCGGCUCCUCCUCCGGCGCCGGAGAUCCCCGCGCAUGGCCUGCUGGCGGGCGACGCGGCCGCCGCGAGGACGGCGGUCACCGCGGCCGGGGAGGCCGGCGCGUUCCGCGUGGGCGGGGCGAUCGGGUCCGGUGAGGUGCGCGCUGCCAUGGAGGCUGCGGAGGCGGUGUUUGGGGCGCCCCAGGAGGCGAAGCGGGAGCUGGGCAGGUUGUUCCGGGGGAGGGAUCGGGUGGUCGGGGAGGAGCUCUACUUGCCAUGGCCGGUGACCGCCGACGUGGAUCGGCUGCUCGAGGCGGCCCUGCCUAGCUCGACGUACCGUGCGUUCAGGGAGAAGAUGGAUGUCGUCGCAUCUAAAAUGGAGGAUCUCGCGAGAUGUGUGGUCAGAGUCCUAUCUGAUAAUGCCAAGAACCCGAGAGACGCUGCUCUGCCUAGAGAAGCCCCAUCGGUUCUGUGUCUAACGCUGUAUAACUGCAACAAGUUGAAAACAUCUUGGGGAGGGUUUGGCAGCACGGAGCGUCCAAACUCGUACGCUUUGAGCGCCCACCUCUCUGGGCGCGAUCAGGAAAUUUGCCUCCGGAACCAGGGCGGCUCAACCUUCUUCAAUUUACCGGCCGGCUCUGUGCUCGUUACAGUUGGCAAGCAGAUUCAGGAAUGGUCCAAUGGGGAAUUCAAGAGCGCUAUUGGCGAGAUACUAUUUGAGCUGACCGACGAACCAAACCCGUUCAUGUCUCUGGAACUCUUGUACUCUCCAGGAGACCUGAAUCUUGGUGAGGUUAGUCGGCACGCUAGCAGCAUUGACCGUCCCAAGAUUGUCCCUUUAAGGGACCAGAUUUUGAUUGCCCUGGUUUUGCUAAUUUUGUACUACCUCUUCUGGAGAUGAGCUUCUCGUGUGCCUUUCUUUUUUCAUGGCGUGAGCCUAUUUUUUGCUCAUGGCGUGAGCUUAGAUGUCCAAGACGGCUUGUUUUCAAAGCUUUUUUGGACCUAACUUCCUGCCCUUCUCCGUUAAUUGAUCAUGGAGAAACACUGCUCUGGGUAGCGGUGAUGGCGGCUGGUUUGAGUCUGGUUUGAUUGAGAUUGUUUUGUUUUCUGGUCUGAAUAAAGUGAGAUGCAUACAUAGCUGUUAGCUCAUCUCCCAGUUCCGGAAAAUUGGAUGGAGAUGAUUUUGACUGAUUUGUUGAAAGGUGAUUUUGGUCAAUUGGUUUGUGGACUGAAGCUUAACUGUAUCACUUUUGAGAUUGAGGUGUUUAUAUUAGACUCAGGUUUGAUGGUAUCUCCUUUGAGAUUGAGGUGUUUAUAUUAUACUGAGGCUUGAUGACAUAUCUUUUUGGCAUUGAUGUGUUUAUACUGAACCUGAGAGUCAUCCCUUUGUAGUACGUAGAAUAUUACUCCAUUAUGUACUAGCAGGCUUGCAUUCCAGUGUUUCUUCAUGUGGCAUGAGCUGAGGAAACUGUCUGUCUGUCCGUCUCCAUGGCAUCGUAGAACUAUUCACCGUACUAGGCCUGAACGUAAGACUGUAUUCGCGCUACAGCUUCUUGUACGUGUCGCUCUUUUGACUUCUCACUUAUUGUCACCUGAAAGGAUCAUGCGAUAUAUUGUGUAGUGGAUUUGAUGCCC